AUGGCCUGGGCCCUCCUGGCCCUCCUGUUGCCCCUGCUGCUACAGACUGACCACGCCUAUGAACGAGAUAAAGAUAUGUAUGAAGUAUGUGGACGUCCAAAGCUCAGACCCCGGGAUUUCACUAUAGAACCCCGGCGUGGACGUUGGCCAUGGCAAGCUAGCCUACGGUAUAAGGGCAAGCACUGGUGUGGUGCUACCCUAAUCCAGCCUGAAUGGAUAAUAACAGCUGCCAGCUGCUUCAGAUUGUCCAAUAACACUGGGGAUUACAGUGUGAUGAUUGGUUCUGUCUAUGCCUACCCAACCACUCGUUUCAUGCCCACAUUUCUACAGCACCGAGAAUAUUUCCCCAGGUUUAUUCCCUGGACCCUAAGAGAAACUGCAAGAACAAUACUUCUUAGACAAAAUUUCAAAGCAUCAUCCCCAUCCCAAGAUCAGGGACUUUGGAGAAGGAAGUCAGUUCAAGUCAAACUGGUGUUUUGCAGACUGUCGACCCUAGAAGGUUCCAUGGAACUUCGGGAGGGAAGAGUGAAAAUUACUGACUUAGAUAGGUGUGAAAACGUCCAAGGUCCCCUGGGACAAUUCUCAGACUCUGAAACCUACCGCAAUGAUGAACUUUGUAUACUCAUGCCAUUAUAUCCAGCUGAAAGAUGUGUGGGUGAUCAAGGUGGCCCCCUAAUAUGUCGCAUUCAGGAUAUCUAUUAUCAGUUUGGGAUCAUGAAUUGGGACCGUGGCUGUAUGGCAGGAAUUAAGACCAAGACUUUCACCAGUGUUGCCCUCUACAGUGCCUGGGUUGAGAAAAUAAUCAGCAGCACCACCACCCUGAGUCCAUUCAAGUUCAUUCUCCUUGCCUUGCUUCUACCCCAAGCUCUUCUAGAGCUCUUCUGA